AUGAGCUUUCCGCUCGAGCACACCCGUGGAUACGAACAAGAUCGUGUGGAGUUCACCGUGGGUGAUGAUACCUAUCACAACACUUACAAACCGCAGAAAAAGCUGUGGCUAUCGGGCCCAAAGAGGAUCUUGAGCGGCAUUGCAGAAGACAUCCUGGACGUGAUUGUGACACACAAAAAGUUCAUGCUAUGUGCUGCUGUCUUCUUGUUCCUAUCCUUCUUCACCCUGAUGCCUUACGUGCCACAUUUGUUCCACAAUGGUGACCCAAAAGUGGUGAUCAUUCUAGCCGCCAAUGAAGGUGGUGGUGUUUUUAAAUGGAAAGGACCACAGGAAUGGUCCGUUGAGCGUUCGUCAAUUGCAAAUAAAAAGGCAUAUGCUAAAAGACAUGGUUACGGGCUCACGAUCAAGGAUAUGACGCUGAAAAAGCGCUACUCACACGAGUGGAGAGAGCUGUGGGAAAAAGUGGAUUUGAUGAAACAAGCCAUGAGACAGUUCCCUAAUACGGAAUGGUUUUGGUGGCUAGAUCUACACACAUACAUCAUGGAACCUCACAAGUCUUUGGAACUGCAUCUUCUAAACAAAUUGGACAACAUCACCUAUCGCACCUUGGAUACGUUCAACCCAAUAAACUUGAAAGUGCCUUUGCCGCUUGUGGAUUACACGGCUCCCAUCGAUAUGGUUGUUACACAAGAUUGCGGUGGGUUCAACUUGGGCUCGUUCCUCUUGAGAAGAUCAGAAUGGACCGAUAUGCUUCUAGAUAUUUGGUGGGAUCCCGCCAUGUACGAGCAGAUGCACAUGCAAUGGGAGCAUAAGGAACAAGACUCUUUGGAAACACUUUACGAGAGCCAGCCAUGGAUUAGAGAGAGAGUUGGCUUUGUGCCGUUACGCACCAUUAAUGCUUUUCCACCCGGCGCUUGUGCUGACAAAGCUGACGAUCCACAAUAUUUUUAUCAUCGCGGUGAUUUUCUUAUUAAUAUGGCUGGCUGCGAAUUUGGGAGAGACUGCUGGGGAGAGAUGGAGCAUUACAAAGCGCUUUCAGAAAGCUACAAAAGUGGUGGAGGAUAUGGUAGAAGCGAAAAAAAAUCUACGCCAUUUGCAACGAGAGUCAUAGCUUCAAUCCCAAAUCUACGAGAAGGAGGGAAAUAG